UUGAAAAUUAGCAAGAAAUAAUUAUUGCUGUGAACUGUUUUGGCACAGUGGUUUUGGCUUGGCCGUUUACUAUUACUUACUGUAUUAAAUGUAUUACUAAUACAAACUGUAUUAUUUGUUUUGGUAUUAUUUGUGCUAAGAGAUGUCUUUGGAGGAUCUUGGCCAACAGGCCUAUCAAAAAGCCAACCUCCUCAACGACCACAAAGGAGCAGUGGAAAUACUUAAUAAAGCCAUUGGGAAGUACCCUGCUGACAGGAGGCUUUAUAACAAUCGAUCGUUUUGCUACUUCAAACUUGGGAAAUAUGAUAAAGCACUGGAAGAUGCUACAUUCAUGGUGAGGCGUUUUCCUGAUUACAUAAAGUCACAUUUUCGCAGAGGAGAGGCUUUAUUCAAAUUAAAAAAUCUACUUGAAGCAGAAAAGUGUUUCAAAAAAGCAUACGAAAUGGAUCCUCAAAAUGAAGAAGUGCUUUCUCAGCUGAUGGAGGUGCAAACAGAGCUUUUAAGUUCCGGUAAAAGCUAUCACGCAUGGCACAUCUAUAAGGCAUUGAAAUUGGCGGAACAUGAUACGACUGUUGCCGCUUACCUUUUAGAAAACGGAUGUGUUUACUCACCAAACGAUGACGAAAUCUAUGUGUCUGAUGAAGAGGUUUUGGAAGUCAAAGUUCAGCCAGUUAAAAAAAAUAGCAAAAAGCAUAAAGUUCAAGAUCCGUUUACUGAGUGAGUAUUCACUUGUUAUUCUCAACUAUUUUCAGAUACUCUUGUAAUCAUUAAUUUUCAAUUGUCUUGUCUUUUU